AUGCAUAAUUGCAGGACUGGACUGAGAGUGCUUCUGUCUUGUGCAGCCCCGGAGAUGGAGAUCGAGACUGCAGAUGAAGUUGCUAUUGUUGGAAUAGCAUGCAACUUUCCUGGAGGAGAUGGAAUUGACAAUUUCUGGAAGGUCCUGGUGGAAGGCAAAAACUGCACCGUAGAAAUCCCCCCCGAGAGGUUUAAUACCAAGGAGUGGUAUGAUGCAGAUGGUAACAAGCCAGGAAAAAUAUGUACAACACGAGCUGCUCUUCUGGAUGAAUUUAAUUCAUUUGACAACCACCUGUUUGGGAUUAAUAAUAUGGAAGCAGAACGCAUGGAUCCACAACAGAAAUUACUGAUGGAGUGCACAUACAAAGCCCUGGAGGAUGCAGGAGUCCCUGUGGAAUCUAUCAGUGGCUCCAAAACAGGUGUUUUUAUUGGCCUCAUGAAUCGAGACUAUGAAAUCAUGGCCAGCAGAGCUGUGAAUGAAAUAAAUCAUUAUGAUGGUACUGGAACAGCAAUGAGCAUUGCUGCCAACAGGGUCUCUUUCACAUUUAAUCUGACUGGACCAUCUCUGACUGUCGACACUGCGUGUUCGUCUUUUCUUUUUGCUCUGCACUAUGCCUUGCGAGCCAUUAAAUCAGGAGACUGUGAGGCAGCAAUCUGUGGUGGGGUGAACUGCAUCAUUCACCCCCGCACCUUUGUAUCUCUCACUAAAGCCAAAAUGAUCUCUCCAGAGGGCAUAAGCAAACCCUUCUCCAAAAAAGCAGAUGGCUAUGGAAGGGGAGAAGGCUGUGGUGUUGUUUUCCUCAAACCACUGAAAAAGGCAAAGGAAGACUACAACAAAAUCUGGGGCGUGAUAAACAUCAGUGCAGUCAAUCAGAAUGGCAAGUCUAUAACUCCAAUCACGAGACCGUCUCAAAUAGAGCAAGAGAAGUUACUGCAUAGCAUUUAUGGAAGUCGUGUUGAUCCCUCAGUUGUGCAGUACAUUGAAGCCCAUGGCACAGGAACUGCUGCUGGAGAUCCUACAGAAGCUGAAAGCCUGGGUAAUGUCAUUAGCAAAAAGAGGUCUUCCCAAGUUUCCAUUCUGAAAAUCGGUUCAGUGAAAGGAAAUAUUGGACACACUGAAUCAGCUGCUGGAGCAGCCGGGUUAAUCAAAGUGCUCCUGAUGAUGCAUCAUGGGAAGAUUGUUCCAUCCUUGCAUUACUCAAAGGAGAUGAGCAGCAUCGAUACGGAGAAAUUAAACCUUGCUGUUGCCACAGCUGUAGAGCCCUGGGAAGAAUCCAGUGAGUAUGGAAGAGUAGCUGGCGUCAACUGCUUUGGAUUUGGAGGAACCAAUGCUCAUGUUGUAGUCAGGCAGGUGAAGCAGCCAGAGCCUCUUCCUGCCUUUAAGAAGCCCCUGGAAUUAGUUCUGCUGUCAGCAGCAUCCCCUAAGUCCCUUCAGAUGACAAUGGCCGACACAGCUGAGCAGCUGAGCGCAAGGAACUCCGUAACUCUCCCAAGCCUGGCCUAUACCUCUGCCUGCAGAAGAAGCCACGCCAGCUACAGGUACCGAAAAGCAUUUGUCACAAAUUCCCUCCAACACUUGCAGCAAGAGCUGAGGUUGGCAGCGAGCACGGAACCUGCCAUAUCCAAAGCGGAACCACAGCUGGUGUUUGUGUUCUGCGGCAACGGCGUCACGCUGAAGGAGUUCAGUGAGGCACUGCUGAGCUCAGAGCCGGUGUUCAGAGAGAAGUGUAAGGAAAUAGAAGACCUUUUUCAGCAGCACGCUGCCAUCAGCCUCCUGCCAGCAAGAAAUCAUAGCCCAAAGGACUUGUUGAAUCCAGAGCUUUGUCAGCCCUUGCUGUUUGCCCUGCAGGUUGCUGUAGCUUCCCUCCUGAAGCACUGGGGUAUCAAACCUGUUGCUGUUGUUGGCCACUCGGUGGGGGAAGUUGCUGCUGCACACAUUGCUGGGUACCUGUCCCUGGCAGAUGCUGUCAAAGUGAUUUAUCACCGGAGCAGGCUGCAGGCAAAGACUCCCAGCGGCAGAAUGCUGGUGGUUGGAAACAUCCCCGUUGAAGAGAUUGCUGAACGCCUGCACCCCUACUCAGGAAAGGUGUGCAUUGCUGCUUUCAACAGCCCCAUUUCCUGCACCUUGUCUGGGAGCGUAGAGGCUGUGGAAGCUGUCCGGAGAGAGUUAGCUGAAGCUUUCAGACAGAGGAACAUCUUUCUUCAUGUUUUAAAUGUUCCAGCUGCGUACCACAGCCCCAGCAUGGAUAUGAUACUCGGGGAGCUGGAGGAGCAGAUAGAGCCUUUGGAAAAGCAGAAGGGGGAAAUGGAAGUGAUUUCAACACUGACUGGCGUGGCUGCAUCUGAAAAUGACUUUUCUCAGGGCAAAUUCUGGGCACAGCAUACUCGUGAGCCUGUUGCUUUCACACGAGCCAUCCAAACUGCAGCCAGAGGCAGGGAAAACGUGGUGUUUGUGGAAAUAAGUCCUCACCGAGCACUGCAGCGAAGCAUAAAAGAAACGCUAGGGAAAGGCACAAAGGUCUUGUCCUCUUUGCAAACAGAUGCAGAAUAUCAGACGCUCUUCACCCUGGUAGGAAAUCUGUUUGAACUGGGAUUUAAUCCCAACUGGCAGCACUUUUAUAAUGGGUAUCAAAGUGUUCCUGUGGCCAUUCCACGAUAUCAAUUUGAUCGCCAAAAACUCAUGAGCCUGGAUAUCCCUCAACAUGCAAGCCGAAGCGGUGUCAGCGCCAGUCAUUCUUUGAUUUACGGCAUAAACAGUGACAACUUGGAGUUUGGCUGCCUGGUGUCCCAGGAGACGACACCGUACUUAUAUGAGCACAAGAACAAUGGGGUGGCCUUAGUCCCUGGUGCUUUCUAUGUGGAGCUUGGUCUGGCCUCUGUGAUGAGCAGCUCAGAACCCAAAGUGCCUCUGAGCACUUGCCAGCUGAGUAUCAGUUUUUCUGCACCGUGUGUUCUUACACAGAAUUCCCAAGUGCUGAGUAUCAAGCUGAGUCCGCAUAAAGCCAUGACAACCUUUGAGGUUCUCUCUUCCUCCAACGCAGUUUAUGCUGCUGGCCAAGUGGCCAAGGGGCUUGAAGGUGUGGUGGAAGAAAGCAGCAUCUCCUUGCAAGCCAUCUAUCAAAGAUGUAAGUCAGUGAUUAGCAGAGAGGAGCUUUAUGAAGCACUGUCUCAGGUUGGCUUUCAGUAUGGCUCCAUAUUCAGGCAGCUCAGUGAUGUGCAUUAUUGCCAGGAGCUAAAGGAAGCUAUAACAAGCAUAAAGGUGAAUGAGGAGACCGCCAGAGACAUGUACAGCUACUGUAUCCACCCAGUGCUGCUCGACUGCUUUCUGCAGAUGACUGCUGUCCUGACCUCAAGGACGCUCCACUCCAGAGCAGGCUUUCCUUCAGGGAUAGGCAGCCUGGUGGUGCUCCGCCCGCUGCAGGAGGAAAUGAUGAUAUACAUGAGAAUGAGCAAAUCCACUGGGAACUGCCUUGAGGUCUGUGGGUGCUUUGUGGACAAACACGGCUCUGUUUUGGCCGAGCUCAAGCGCGUUGCCAUCACUUUCAUGAGGGAAUCGUCUUCCAGAGACAAUGAGUUUCUGUUUCAAAACAAAUGGAAAGAAGUCUCUCUUUCACAGACAAUUGGACAUCUGGGGUUUAAGCCCAGAGUCCUUGUGUUUGCAGACAAAUUUGGGAUAGCUGAGCAGCUCAAAAAACACUUGCAUCCUGCUUCGACAUAUGUUAUGUAUGAAGGCUGGGAUUGCCUCGUGGAAGGUGAUGCACAGAACAAAAUGAGAGCAGAGGUUAAGGAUUACGAUGAAAUUCUCUUCCUCUGGGGAAUCCAAAAGUUGAAUGAAGAUUCCUCGAGGAAAGCAGUAGAUCAGUUGGCAAAGUGCUGCGAAGCCUAUCGCCAGGUAGUGGUGGCACUAAGAGAGAAGAGGUCUCGCUGCUCCAUCAGAGUGAUCACCUACAGAACAACAGAGAGAUAUGUGGACCACAUUAACUGUGGGUUUGCAUUGUAUGGCAUGACCAGAGCCUGUAUUGUUGAAUUUCCAGAAAUCACAUUUCAGUUGAUUGACCUCAGCUCCUCCACUUCCCUGGACAUCUCAGUGUUAGCAGAUGUUCUUAUCAAGUACAAAGGUGGGGACUAUCCAGAAGUCUGCAUCAGCCAGGGAAGAAUUUAUGUGUCCGAAAUCAGACGCACACCUUUUGUAGAUGCAGAUUACAUCCAACCCGUAAGAUCACUCCAGAAAUCACAAUCAUUCACUUUGUACACUUCUGAUCCCUACACAGCAAAAGACUUGUCUGGGGAAUUAUCCAGUGGCACUGCAACUCAGCUUGACAAACAGAGUGUUGAAAUUCAAGUGGAUAAAAUUUGCUUGCACUCAGAAGAUUAUUUUCCCAUUAGUGUUUCUAGCUGUAACUUUGGUAAUACACUGUAUUGGAACUCCCAGGCAGGGGACAGACACAGGCUUCUAGCACUUGAUUUCAGUGGCACAGUCACUGCAACAGGCAGUGAUGUGAAAAAAGUGAAAGUGGGAGAUCACGUGGUUUCAUGUUAUCCCACUGCUGCAUCAUCCAGAGUUCAGAUUCCAGGAACAGUUUGUUUCCAUGCAAGGAAAUUCCCAUUCCUCCAGAAUGUCCCUUGUGUGUCAUACUUCAUCAUUGCAUGGGAAAUCUUCACUCAGAGGUUACCCAAAGGAAAACAUGGCAGAACAUUGGGUAUUAUUACUACAGAGCCAUCCUCAGUUCUGUGCCACGUGCUUUCUGCAGCAGCAGAAGAGAUGGGUUGGAGAACAGUCCUUGCAAAGCCCACUCCUUAGAUGUGUCAAUUUAUCAACCGGUGCAGUGCCCUUAUUAUUCUUCCUCCAGUCAACAGACUGUCUCAGGAGGACCUGGCCCACAUGUCCUUUCUUAAAGAUGUGGUGAUCGUGUGUGGCAGGCAACAGUCAGAAUGCAUCCAGAAUGUCAGUGAAAUUGAUCAUGAAAACGUCAGCUUUCAUAUCCUUGCCGUUGCCCGCCUUUUCCAGAAAGCACCUCUAAAGGAAGUGCAGAAGACCGUACAUGCCUGGAUCAGUUCCAUGAAUAUGAAACGGCUUAGAAAUCUUUCAGGUUCUGUUUUUCAGCAGACUGAGAAUUUUGAAGGGCUAAAUUCUGUGAUGUCCUAUUUCACCUGCACUUCUGUCCCCCUUGCUGUCCUGAGAAGGCAGAAGGACAUCAGUGUGCUUUCAGAUAUCCCAUUGUACGAGCCCCAGAAGCAGCUGUUCAAGCAGAAUGCUGUUUAUGUAGUAGUUGGGGGGCUCACUGGACUUGGCUUUGAAACAGUGAAAUUCAUAGCUGAGAACGGGGGAGGGUGUAUUGCAAUUCUGUCCAGGAGAAUUCCCAGCAGUGAGAAGCAAGAAGAGUUAAGGGCUUUGCAGCAGCAGUACAAAGGGAGCAAAGUAGUGUCUGUGCAGUGUGAUGUGACUUUGAGCAGCGAUGUUGAGAAAGCUUUCCAGUCCAUUGCCACCACCUUUGUGGGGAGUCCCAUCAAAGGGGUGUUCCAAAGUGCUGUUGCUAUACACGACGGCCACCUUGAAGUGCUGAAGCUGGCUGACUUCCACAAAGUGCUGAGCCCAAAAGUAGCAGGGACCCUAAAUCUUCACUGGGCUACCAGAGACCAGGAGCUUGACUACUUUGUGUGCUACUCCUCUGUUGCUUCCUUUCUGGGCAAUGCCACCCAGACAAACUAUGCAGCUGCAAACUCUUUCCUGGAUCUCUUCUGCCUCUACAGGAGGAACUGUGGGCUCUCAGGCCAGGCCAUUAACUGGGGUGCUUUGAACCUCGGCAUUCUGCUCAACCAAGACCUCAUUCAGAGCAUUCUGGAAUCCAAGGGCGUAGACAUUCUGCAAGUGCAUGAAAUUCAUGACUAUCUCAGGAAGACCUUACUUAUAAACAACCCGCAGCAAUCUGUUGCCAAAUUGAACUUUCACACUUUGUAUCAUCAUGUUUUUCGUCAGAUUAUUUCUCUCAAAAGUCGCUUUGUAACACUUAUGUCAGAAGAUUACAUGAACAAGAUGGAAACAGCUGAGGAAGCUGAAGUCCCUGAGACUGCCUUUCUCAAAUCUGAGGACUACAUCACCUCACUGGUGAGUGACCUCACAGGAGUGAAUGCAGAUGAACUAACCAUGGAUACGCCACUUUCGUCUUUGGGCAUGGACUCUAUGUUGGCCAUGACAAUUCAGAACCGUGUCUUUCGGGAGAGAAAGGUGGACAUACCCGUUGUGAAACUGCUUGAUCCUCACACAACUCUGUCAAGUUUAGUGGCGGUGUUCGAAGAAACAAGCGAUGCAGAUGGAACAGCUGGAAAGAAGAAUGCUGUGAUUGAAAGUGCAGAAAAUGGGAGCUGGCUAUAG